CUUCCUCUUAAUCAUCUCCCAGCUUACAGUGCUUCAGUCUCUGUGGUCGAGUAUACCUCUUGUUUCCGUUUCGAUUCCGCCUGCUCCCUAUGCGCUGGUUCCUCUCGAAAGCCCCCGCGGAUCCUGUGCAGCCCUCGGAGGAGCCGCAGCCUUCGGUGCUCUCCAAGCUGCCCACAACUAUAUCCGAUUCAAACCCCUCAGAGGCCUUGAAACACUUUGAACGCCCUGGGGUACAACCGCCCUCCUCCAGAGUCGGAGACCCCAGGCUCAAGCAGGGUCAACGAGAACCGAUGAGGCUAUGGCACUGGUGGAAGUUCGGAGCGUUCGCGGCAGUCAAAGCCACGACACUCGCCGCGGACGCGCUUUCGCAUCACUUGUGGGGCCCGCCGCGGAAGUCAUGGGGGAUCGAGAUGACCCUGCUUUCGAGCAUGAUGCGCGGAGUCAGUCGUUACUCCCACCUGACCGAUAUUGACACUAUUCGUAUGCUUAUGAGCAUCGGUGGCUUGGUACCCGUACCAUCCGAUGCUCUCGUAACGCCGGUCACGUUCUCCGUUAGGAAACGCGGGUUACGGGGUAUCCUGGAGGACUUUGACGCAGCCGAAGACGGCACGCGGGAACUAUGUGCCGAGUGGGUUGUCGGCAAGAAGACAUGGCACAGACUACAAGCGGAGUGGAAAGCUCGGAAGGAAGGCAAGUUCGGUGAGAAGCCGAAGCGGAAAGAACGCGUGGUGCUAUACCUCCAUGGCGGAGCAUAUUAUAUGUUUAGUGCGGCGACGCAUAGGUUGAUCACACUUCCCCUUGCCAAGUACCUGGACGCACGAUUAUUCGUUGUGAAUUACCGACUUGCACCCGAAACCCGCUUCCCAGGUCCCCUCCAUGAUGCUGUUUCCGCAUACUUUAGACUUGUGGACGACCUCCAUGUUCCCCCAGAGAACAUCGUCGUCGCCGGGGAUAGUGCUGGAGGUGGUCUCACGCUCGCACUUUUGAUGUACCUGCGCGACAACGAUUACCCUUUACCUGCCGGUGCCAUCUUGAUGUCACCAUGGGUCGAUCUUACCAUGAGUUGCGAGUCCUGGGAAAGUAAUGCUCAGUACGACAUUGUUCCCAUGCCCCAACCCGGCGACCAUCUAAACCCGAUAGCCUGCUACCUCGGCGAGCACAUGGAGAAAUACCUGACACAUCCCUACGCCAGCCCAUUGUUCGGAGACUUCAAGGGACUGCCGCCAUUACUUAUUCAAGCCGGCGAAGUCGAGGUGCUUCGGGACGAGAUCACGCUCCUUGCGCACAAGGCCACUCUAGCAGGCGUCGAAGUACGACAUGAGCUCUACGAAGAUAUGGUCCACGUAUUCCAAUCACUCCCCUUCCUGGAUGCCGCUAAACACGCAUUUAUAUCCUGCCAUGACUUCGUGUGGUCCUUUCUCCCGCAAUACCAGAGUCGCACACCGCAGUCCCUCGACACGUCAGCUGAGAAGGGUCUCGAGGACGAGAUCGACAACGACGCGGCACGCGUAGUCCGCGGAGACGGCACUGAAACCGGCGCAGGUCGCGAAGCAAUCUCCCAGUCUCCGAAGAGCAAACGUGACAGCGGCAGCUACCGCCGGAAACGCCGUUCCGUCUCCCCAACGCCCACCCUUCAAGGCGAUGACCCGAGCUGGGAUUCCAAGUACGUAUCCUCUAGCAGCGAGGACGAAGGAGACUUGUUCGAAGGCGGCGCUCUGCGUCCAUCACGAUCCUAUACACCCCCUCCCCACAGCCCCGCCGCCCGUCCAUCGCUUCUUCCGAAACGACCCUCCCUCGCCCGCCUGCGCUCGACAUUCUCCGCCAUCGCAGACGCCGCGACCGUCUCCGCGUCCGACUCCAUCCACGUCGACCCCGUGCACGCGCACGGUCCCGCCUCCGCGGACGACGUCGCGCCGCCCCCGCGCCGGCGCACACGCAUGUCGUCGCUGAGCAUGACGUCUUCGGUGGACGCGCCGCCGGAGCCUGCGAUCCGCCGCUCGCAGUAUAGCCAUCCGGACAUCAGCUCGCUGUGCCAGCAGUGGCACUCGUUGGGCCCGGCGAACCAUACGACGACGUACAAGCCGGAGAGCCCGGUGUCGUCGCCGCAGGCGACCGUGGCGCGAAGGCAUUCAAGGACGUUGUCUCUGUCUGCGUUCUCUGCCAAGCGUAGCUAGUCGCUGUCUUUGUUGUCGCUUCCUUUCGAGCAUGCAUUUGGAACGGGUUUGAUGUUGUCGUGUACCAUCAUCUGUAGGCAUAUAAACCGCAGUCUGCAUGCGCACACGGUCUGUUUCACUCCCCAAGGACUGAGAGUGUCAUGGACCAUCACACUUGCGUGGCCGCUUGGGCUGAUUACAUACCACAUCGCUCCGGACCUCGUAUUCAGUAGUCUGUGCCGUUCAUAGAGUAGGACGUUCACUAAUGUUCCCAAUCCAUGUGUAUAGUACGUAGUCUGUUCCGCAUGUUUCCUCCGAUGGACAGAGUAGCACACUCCAAUAUAUAGAUCUCCUCCAUAACUCCAAUCCCGGACCCUCGCCCUCACGACGAGCGCGAACUCCGGCUACGCCUCUGAUCCAGGAGCAUCCCGCGGUACAACUCGAGCUCCUCGAUGAUGUUCGUGAGCGCGUUCACCUCCCAGUUCCCGUACACAAACCCAAUAUACAACAUCGUCGUCGCGAGCCACGCGAGCGCGACCGUCAUGACGAGGAAGAUCGGGUUGAUCCACGAGCGCGGGAACCACGCCGACCCGACGAUGAUCGCGAGCAGCAGCGCGAUGCACACCGCGAACACGGUGAGCUGCGUGCGCGCCUGCGACUGCGCGAAGCGGUAGCGCGCCAUGAGCGAGGAGAGCGUGAGCGUGAUCGACUCCGGGGAGAGGUCCUUCGCGCACGUGGGGUGCUGGGUGCUGGACACGGAGGACAGCGCCACCGAGGGGGACUGUGGGGGGCCGGCUGUAUCGACACCCUCGAUCGCGAAUGUGGCCUCGAGCCCGAAGUGGUCCGAGAACGAGAAGCUGCAUCCGGGGACGCGUUCGGUGAGCACGACGCGCGUGUCGAUUGGUCGGAGGACAGGCGCGCCGGGGUUGGAUGGUUGGCGGAAGAAGACGUAGUCGAGGCGUUUGCCCUGGAACUUGCGCGCGAGAGGUUCUAGCGGCUUUCCGGCCGAGUACGAGUUCAGUGGGGAGUCUGCGGUGACGCCAUGGGUGCGUAUUGCGUGCUCUGGGGACGGUGGGCUCGCAGCGGUCGGUUCUGGCGUGUUGGGGUGCGUGACAGUCCAGGCGUCGGUGAGGCCGGCGUGAUCACGAAUGAUGGUCAUGGGCAGCGAGUUUGGUACGCUGUUGAAAUCUCCGGAGGCGAUGACAUAGCGCCCCAGUUCGGCGGACUGUCUUGCCAGCUUUGCGAACUCCCAGGCGUUCACCAAACGGUGGGCCUUGUGAUACUCUGCGCCUUCGUCUCCACCCUUGGCAAAGAGAUGCGUGUUGUAGACCUGUACAUGUCCAAGAAUAGGAUGGGCGAAUAGGAUACUGGCUGCGGCCUUGCCCACAAACCAGUCCCCGGCGGCAACAUCGACAGGCGAGCCAUUCAAAGAGUAGGGGUGUAUAGUGGCGGCAAUGAUGGGGAACCGAGAGAAUAUGACCAAGCCGGCUCCCAGCGCCCCGCUGUAGAAGAACUUGGAGUGUGGUAGACGCUUUGAGACAGCAUCUCGGACGUAUUCAUAGUCUGCAAACACCCAAAGCUCUUGCAGCGUGAUGACAUCGUGGUCGGAGGCGGCUAGCGCGGCUGCUAUGGCGGUAACGCGCUCCUUUCUGUGUUUUGAAACAUACUUCAGACCCCAGCAGUUGAGGGUAAGCAGUCGUAGACGGGAUUCGGACAUGGUCGUCG